AUGGACUCAGAUGAUUUGGAUAAUGUCCCUUUAGCUCAUUUGUUGAAGAAGACCAAUGUCCCAGAGGUUAUUGAUGAAAUACCAGUGGCUCCUUCCGUGUCUGCUCAUUCUCAAGAGAGCUCGUCAACUGAGGGAGUAUUUUUUCCUACUCUUAGUAUUGCUCCGGCUUCUAAUGUUCAACCUGGAUCGUCAGUGUGUUCCCCUCCUUCUGUGUCACUUCCCUUUGCACCAGAUGAUGCCCAUGUAUAUGUUCUUGAUAAUGUUCCUAGUGAUGUUUCUACUACAUCUGAAGGGCAAACUGACGUUCAAAGUAAUGAGAAUGAGGUGGACCCUUCAAACACUGCUGUGUGCACUGACGAAGUUCCCACAAAUGCUGAUGAUAGUCUUGUUGUUCCACCAAGUUCUUCUGAAGUCCCGGUUGCAUUAAAGCCAGUGAAGAGGAAAUCACAACAAAAUCGAUGCAAUAAAACCACCAAAAUAGGUAGAAAGAAGAUUCCUCCUAAUAUUCCAUCUGUUCCCAUUGAUGGAAUCUUGUUUCAUCAUGAGGAGAAUGUUCAGUGUUGGAAGUUUGUGGUUCAACGGUGGUUAGCUGAUGAGGUAAAUGUUUUUGACAAACAUCAAUCGUGCAUGAGUAUCAUGGACCUCAUUGAAAGGGCAGGUUUAGCAAAAACUAUUUUGAAUGUUGGUCCGUUUUAUCCUCAGCUUAUUAGGGAGUUUAUAAUCAAUUUGCCUAAUGAAUUUAGUGAUCCAAGUAAUGUUGUUGAUAUUGACUGUUCUCCAUCGUCUCCCUCCACUGAUGUUCUGGCUUCUGUAUUAUCUGGUGGAACUUUAUCUACGUGGCCUGUAAAUGGAAUCUUUGCAGUUGCUCUUAGCAUUAAAUAUGCCAUUAUGCAUAAGAUUGGUAUUGCUAAUUGGUUCCCCUCCUCUCAUGCCUCCAGUGUAUCUACAGCCUUAGGAACUUUUUUGUAUCAAAUUUGUAAUGACAAUAAGGUGGAUACAUGUGCUUUUAUAUAUAAUCAGCAGUUAAGGCAUGUUGGUUUGUUUAGGGUAAAGGUUUCUAUUGCUCUCCCGCGAUUUUUCUCUAGUCUACUACUUCACUUAAAUGGUGCCGUGUUAACUGCAUCAGAUGCUCCUCGACCUGAUCCUAAAACAUUAUCACUCAGUUACAGACUUUUUCAGGGUAGUCAUGUGCCUGAUAUUGAUCAUGAUGUGCAUCCGUCUUGCGGCUCAUGCAUUUUCGAUAGAAGUGACUGGGAUGAGUCUGAUGAGGGCUUCUUUGUUGAUAGGAAGUUGGCUUCUUGUAUUGUUAAUUCACUUACUGCUGAAUCUCGUGCUUUGUCUAUUUCUAUCAAUCUGUUGUCUGAACGGUGCUUAGAGGUGGAUAGCUCUCAUUCGUCAUUUAAAGAUUUUGCCCCAUUUACCAGUCGAAAGGAAAAUGGGUUCGAAUAG